AACACAAAGUGAUUUGUGACGUAUAAACCCACAGAGGAUAACACAGCAGAUAAGUGACAUAAAACAAUAACAAACUGAAUUAAAGUGAAUCUGAUCAAUUAUCUUCUGCUGCUUUUUAACAGAAACAUUUUUAUUCCAAAGAGCAGAGCUGACCUUUACUCUGAAGUAAAGUUAUGAUCAGUUCUCAUAUUUUCGGAUGGAUGAAAGUCAAUCAUUUUCAUUCUCCAGUAAAAGUAGAGUUGCUGCAGCAGCUGCUGCAGCUUCUCCUUCUCCUGUUUUCCACUGAUGAGGCGGACUGAGUGACAGCCGCUCCGCUGCAGGCAGUGAAGGGUUAAUCCCAGCUCUGCGUAGGAGAGCGCGUGCCAAACGGAACAAAACCCAAAGCGCCAUCUGUCCCACACACACUUGGUUCUGGCGCCGCGUAUUACGCACAGCAGCGCCGCGCCGGGCUGCGGGAAGCUGCGGGAAGCUGCGGGUGAUCAGCUCCACUCAGAUUUGACCAGGUUCGGAGUUUGAUCAGGUUCGGUGGUCCUGCUGCGCUCCUCGCUGGCGCGUGAAGGGAACCAGAGGAAGGAUGGAGAACUCCUCCUCGUCCCCUCCGGACCUGGACCAGAACCAGAACCGGACCUGGACGGACCACAGCGUCCAGUACAAAGUUGUGAGCAGCCUGCUGCUGCUCCUCAUUUGCGCGCUGGGCAUCGUGGGGAACGUGAUGGUGAUCCUGGUGGUGCUCAUCACCCGGCACAUGCGCACUCCGACCAACUGCUACCUGGUGAGCCUGGCGGUGGCCGACCUGAUGGUCCUGACGGCCGCCGGGCUGCCCGCCAUCCCGGACAGCCUGUUCGCCUCCUGGGUGUUCGGCCGCUGCGGCUGCCUGCUCAUCACCUACCUGCAGUACCUGGGCAUCAACGCGUCCUCGUGCUCCAUCACCGCCUUCACCAUCGAGCGCUACAUCGCCAUCUGCCACCCGAUCAAGGCCCAGUUCCUGUGCACGCUGUCCCGGGCCAGGAGGAUCAUCCUGCUGGUUUGGGUCUGCACCUCCAUCUACUGCGUCAUGUGGUUCUAUCUGUCCGACAUCGAGCUGCAGGUGUUCGCCAACGUCACCGUCGUCACGUGCGGCUACAGGGUCCCCAGGAAGUUCUACCUGCCCAUUUACUUCUUCGACUUCAGCGUCUUCUUCGUGCUGCCGCUGCUGCUGUCCGCGGUUCUGUACGGCCUGAUCGCCAGGAUCCUGUUCCUCAACCCGCUGCCCUCUGACCCCAAAGGCCGGGGGAAGCGCGAGGCGGCCUCCGCCAGCAGCGACCAGCGCAGCAGCUGCAAGAAUGCGCGACACUCCAGCUCCACCGCGACGUCGCGCAGACAGGUGACCAAGAUGCUGGCGGUGGUGGUGAUCCUUUUCGCCGUGCUCUGGAUGCCGUACCGCACCCUGGUGGUGGUCAACUCCUUCCUGGACCAGCCCUACCUGGACAACUGGUUCCUCCUUUUCUGCAAGAUCUGCAUCUACCUGAACAGCGCCAUCAACCCCGUCAUCUACAACGCCAUGUCUCAGAAGUUUCGCGCCGCUUUCCGUAAGAUCUGCCGCUGCGGGGCGAAGGGCUCAGACAAAGCGGCGGCGUACAGCGUGGCGCUCACCUACAGCGCCGUCAAAGACACUUCGCUGGUGGAAAGCACAGAUCACUUCACCACAGAGCUGGAGGAGCUCACGGUCACAGACGAGCUGCUGGCGGACCAGAAGGUCACAUUCUCCGACUCAUGUGGAUGUGCAAAGGUGAACUUCAGUCAAGACUGGUUGGAGGCCAGUGAGGCGACUGGUGAGUCUCCUGAGGACUAAAGACCUCCAAAGUGUUGCCUAAUGGACUCCCUUAAGUGGGAAUAUUGUUUCCUGAGUGCUUGCUGACCUUUUUAAAGCCAGGCUGCUGCAGGUAGAGAUGUAAACACAGAUUACAGCCAGUGGAGCGCAAUGAGAGCCUCUGAGGCUCAAAGCCAAACAUGCUGUUGGCCGAGAGCGAUGAGACGUCGUAAAGCCACAAACAACCCGACAGAUAAGAGCUGCCAUUACGCAGCUGUUAUCGUCAUAUGUGAGACCGGCCCACACAAGGUGUUUGAGUCAACACGGCCAGACUGGGAGCAAAAACACCUUCCCCACUGCAAAUAUGUCCCAGCUCUCACAUUUAUGAUCUCUGCAGCUGAGACAGCAGCAAGUCACCCUCACGCCUUCACACGGCAUCCCACAUAAAAACAAGGAUCCUUCGUUUUCACCGGCAGGCUGCAGGAAAGCAGCGGCACCGCGGUUUGAGCCACGCGACCAAAACCCACGAGGGUCAGCACCAUUCAGAGGAGCCGGACAUCCAGCAGCUGGGGGUCCAAAGGAACCCCUCCGGUCCCCAGGAGCCAACUCUGACCUCCAGAGGUCCCAUCAGCAGAACUGGUUCUCCACGUACUGGAUGGGUUUCAUGGUCGGUCACAGCAGGGGCGGAACCAGCUGGUAUUUACCGAGCUGCACCAGAUUCAGAUGCUCGUGUUCAAUGAAGCAUUUGCUGCGAUUAUUGUGAUUAUUUGUAUUUCUGAAGCUGCUUUUCAUGAUCAUUAUUAUCACAGAUUUAGAAACGUUGCUUUGUGUCGUGAUUUUGUAAAGUUCUGCUUUUCUUACCUUAUUGUAAUAAUGGAUUGAUCCUAAAUUAAUUUGUACAUUUCAUCUUCAUACUUGAAAUAAAGUUUUUGAAUGCAGA